AUGCAUCUUUUUAACAAUCACGGCAAUAGUUUUCCAUCAUUGCUGUUCUUGUUAAAAAUUGCUACAAGAGGUCAUGCACUUCUCAAGAAGAAAAGCGAUGCCUUAACUGUACAAUUUCGUCAGAUUCUUAAGAAGAUAGUGUCUUCAAAAGAAUCAAUGGGAGAGAUUAUGAAAACCUCCUCAUUUUCGCUUACUGAGGCGAAGUAUGUUGCUGGCGGGAACAUCAAACAUGUCGUGCUUGAGAAUGUUCACACUGCUUCUCUUAAAGUUCGAUCACGACAAGAGAACGUUGCUGGAGUGAAGCUUCCCAAGUUUGAGUAUUUUACUGAAGGUGAGACCAAGAAUGAUUUGACCGGUUUGGCCAGAGGUGGACAACAGGUCCAACAGUGCCGUGUUGCUUACGUGAAAGCAAUCGAGGUCCUAGUUGAGCUUGCUUCUCUUCAGACAUCAUUCUUAACACUUGAUGAGGCAAUCAAGACGACAAAUCGCCGAGUUAACGCUUUAGAGAAUGUUGUGAAGCCGAGGUUGGAGAAUACAAUAAGUUACAUUAAGGGAGAAUUGGAUGAGCUUGAAAGGGAGGAUUUCUUCAGGCUAAAGAAGAUACAAGGUUAUAAGAAGAGGGAAAUAGAGAAACAGUUAGCUUCUGCAAAGGAGUUUGAGUUUGCCGAGAAGGAUUCCUCGCAGAAAGGGAUUUCAAGAAACUCAGCUCACAAUCUGCUAUCAGCAGGCAGGGAGAAGGACGAAGAUAUUAUUUUCUGACGAAGAGGUUAGUCUAUUCUUUCCUAGAAUUCGCGGCUUUUCUAUCCGAUGUACGUCCGAUGGCCGGUGAUUCCUUUAUUCUAAGGUGGUUGUCUGAAUAAAUGAUACAUGUAUGUCUCUACAUACUUUGCAUUAUUGUUAAUGAUCAGACAUUUUCCAUUUCAGUUUUGAACAAUAGACAUACACCAUUUCAUGGCUCUAGGGUAAAUGCAUGUAUGAUAUU